UGGACCCGCGCUCGGCCCUGGGAGACUACAUUUCCCAUACUGCCCCGCGGGCCAGGGAGGUGCGUGAAGCGGUGUCUCCUAAGACCCGGAUUGAGGGAUGAAAAUAGGUAUGCCUGGAAGCAGAUUUUAAAAGCAGUUUCUCCAGGUCAUCUUUCACACCACCGGAUAAGCAUCUUGAGUCACCAUGGUAUUAGCAGCAGUAAAACGGGUGAUAUCAAACAGAACUAUCUGGAAACAUUUAUUUCCGAUUCAAAACGGAGCUUUAUAUUGUGUUUGUCAUAAAUCUACGUAUUCGCCUCUUCCAGAUGACUAUAAUUGCAAAGUAGAGCUUGCUUUGACAUCUGAUGGCAGGACAAUAGUAUGCUACCACCCUUCUGUGGACAUUCCAUAUGAACAUACAAAACCUAUCCCACGGCCAGAUCCUGUGUGUAAUAAUGAAGAAACACAUGAUCAAGUGCUGAAAACCAGAUUAGAAGAAAAAAAUGAACCCUUGGAGCAAGGACCUAUGAUAGAACAACUUAGCAAAAUGUUCUUUACUACUAAGCACCAUUGGUAUCCUCGUGGACAAUAUUUUAGUUCAGGCCCUAUCUUGAAAUUCUUCUGUAAUGGCUUUCACUACCUGUUUUCUCCCGGCAUGUUCCAUACUGCUGUAAUCUUUUGGCAUCUUUUGUUUAAAACCAAAUUACUGUAGUUAAUGAAAAUCUUGUAAAGGGGACUUGAAGGGGACAAAAUUGAAGGUAUCAUAGACGUCGAAGGAAACUGGAUCCUCCAAAAGACAGAUGAUAUUGAGGUUUUCAGGAAUCAAAGAGAUGUUAUCUUGUGUCUUAUUUGCCAUUUGAGAAAAUGCAAUUGAGUGCAUUCACUGUUAUGUAGCAAAACAAUAAUAAAAUGUCUUUUUAUGUCUUA